AUGCAGCAGUUUGCUCCGUUACCUGCGGGUGGCGGGGAGUUUAGCUCCGAAGAGUCGUCUGGAGAGGCGGCACCUCUUCCACCUUGGCCUCUCUUGGCAGACAGCCUCCACCUCACGGUUGACCGGGUUCGCCGUAGCAACAACCGUGACUUCUGGCUGUCUAACCUCGGCCCAACCUUGUGGUUGGAUUGCUUCCCAACCUUCAAGGGUUCCAGCCUCCUGGGCAUAGGGGGAACGCGAGCAGUGUACACCUCACCUACCUCAGAAGGCAAGGUGUGGAAGGUUGCUCUCAAAGCAAAUCCCAGCCACCAUGGGAUUGAGCAAACCAUUGGGCAACGGCUCCCAGGUUUAUGUGCCACUCAAACCAGGAUGGUGGGGACGGGGCAGCUCACCAUCCGUGACUUUAAGACCCUGGAGAUUGAGGUCUUGGAGGUUGAGCGUCUCACGCUGUUGCCUGACCAGCCCUCCAACCUCCAGGUCUUGCACAUGUUCAUGGUCCUCACAGCCCUUGUGGGUGCCGGCAUUUGGGUCAGGGACCUGAACAGAAAGAAUUGGGGGGUGCGUCCCCCCAAUCCACACGGGCCCGAUCAAGGGCCCGCGGAAAUCGUGGCCCUUGAUUGUGGGGGUUGGGCAUUCCAAGAUGCCCCGCUUGGUUUUCCCCAACGCGUGCGCAUUGCCUCAUGGUGGGGAUGGAUCGAAGCCACCACCCCCGAGGUAGCGGCGUGGGCCCGCGGCGUCGUCCGCACGGACCAUGCGAGCCCACGGCGACUCGCCAUCGCCUUCAGGCAGCGCCUCCUUGAGAUGGGGGGAAGGAGGUUCUUGGGACUUUGGUCCGUCAAGGGGUCAUCAUCCCUAGUCCCUCGCUGA